AUGACAAUUUCUAUUGUUAUACUUCUCUUAUUUACAAGUUUUAAUCAACGAUCGAAAACUGAAAAUAUUCAAGCACCAAUGAAUUCAUUUGAAUUUGAAAGAUUGCAUUUACUUUAUUCAGAUACUCUUCAUUGCCCUUGUAUGCAAAUUUCAAUUCCUUACAGUGCUCUUUUCUCUACAAUUGAAACAGAAUCUUUUCAUCCAAUCUGUUCAAGUAAUUUUGUUUCCUUCAAUUGGAUAAUGUAUCUUGUGACAGCUUAUGAACCACCUGAUUGGAUUACUAAUCAAGAUUUUCGUCAAUGGGAUGCAGCUUAUUUUCGUGCACUUCAAACAUUCUGUUUAGUUGCAAAUGCAACUGUAAAUAACAUUCUGGAGAAUUUUCUAUCUUCAAUUUUAAUCAUCAAUCAAAUCAUAUCGCAAGAUGAAUUCGAUAGACAAAUGAAUGUUACUCUAUAUCAUCUAAAAACAACAUUGCCUAAUAUAUUUAUUCAAGCUUUGAUAUUGAUUCGAAUUACAAGUCAAAGUGAUGGUCUAAUGAAUGUCUUUUCAACUAAUUGGUAUUUUGCUAAGAGUGAAAAUCAAAGUAGUAUGACUAGAUUGGAAAGUCGACCAGUUACCUAUAAUAAUUCGAUAUGUUCAUGUGCUACUUCACGACAAUAUUCUUCGCCAGCUGCACUAUUUCAUCCUUAG